UUGAGGAGCUCCGGGUUUGUGUGUUUGUGCCGCUUGUGCGUUUCUUUCUCUCCUAUGCACGGUGCCUGCUUCACCGGGCUCGAACUCAGAUCCGAAUAAAUCAGCAGUCUCAUUAACUCUCUCCUCUUUUCGAGGCGGACGUGCAGACGCUUUUCCGUCAUGUUGCCGUUAUUAUUCUUCGUCUUUGUGGCCGGAGUGGCGCGAGCCAGUGAUGUGCUCGAGUUCACAGAUGACGAUUUUGAGAGCAGAAUCACAGACCACGACUUAAUCCUGGUUGAAUUUUUUGCACCUUGGUGUGGUCACUGUAAGAGACUUGCUCCAGAGUAUGAGGCUGCUGCUACUCGCCUGAAAGGCAUUGUCCCACUUGCCAAGGUGGACUGUACAGCCAACUCCAACGUGUGCAGUAAGUAUGGUGUGAGUGGCUACCCAACCCUGAAGAUUUUCAGGGAUGGAGAGGAGUCUGGGGCUUAUGAUGGUCCAAGAACUGCAGACGGAAUUGUGAGCCACCUUAAAAAGCAGGCAGGUCCAGCCUCGGUAGAGCUCAAAUCCGAAGGGGAAUUUGAGAAAUUCGUUGGAGACCGUGAUGCCAGCGUUGUGGGAUUCUUUGCUGAUGCUGGAAGUGCUGCACAGGGCGAGUUCCUGAAGUCAGCCAGUGCUCUGAGGGAAUCGUACCGCUUUGCUCACACAAAUGUGGAAGCCCUUCUGAAGAAGCACAACAUCGAGGGGGAGGGUGUCAUCCUGUUCCGGCCCCCUCACCUCACUAACAAAUUUGAAGAGAGCAGUGUUCACUUUGCUGAGGAGAAGUUCACUAAUGCCAAGCUCAAGAAGUUCAUUCAAGACAACAUUUUUGGAAUAUGCCCUCACAUGACUGAUGACAACAAAGAUCAGCUGAAAGGCAAAGACCUGUUGGUGGCCUAUUACGAUGUGGACUAUGAGAAAAACCCCAAAGGUUCCAACUACUGGAGGAACAGGGUCAUGAAGGUGGCCAAGAGUUUCCUGGAUCAGGGAAAGAAGCUGAACUUUGCAGUGGCCAAUAAAAAUAUCUUCAGCCAUGAUGUGUCUGAGCUCGGUCUGGACUCCAGCGGUGGAGAGCUGCCUGUUGUUGGCAUCCGAACUGCCAAGGGGGAUAAAUACGUCAUGCAGGAGGAGUUUACCCGUGACGGGAAGGCCUUGGAGAAAUUCCUUCAGGAUUACUUUGAUGGAAAUCUGAAACGUUACCUGAAAUCUGAGCCCAUUCCUGAGAGCAAUGAUGGCCCUGUCAAAGUUGUCGUGGCUGAGAACUUUGAGUCCAUUGUGAACGAUGAGUCCAAGGAUGUUCUCAUUGAGUUCUAUGCACCUUGGUGUGGCCACUGCAAGAGCCUUGAACCUAAGUACAAGGAGCUUGGUGAGAAGCUCUCCAGUGAUCCCAACAUUGUCAUUGCCAAGAUGGAUGCCACAGCUAAUGAUGUGCCCUCCCCAUAUGAUGUCAGAGGAUUCCCCACUAUCUAUUUCUCACCAGCUGGGCAGAAACAGAGUCCAAAAAGAUAUGAGGGAGGUCGUGAAGUCAGCGACUUCAUUUCAUAUCUGAAGAAGGAGGCAUCUAACCCACUGGUGGUAAAGGAGGAUGAGGAGAAGAAGAAGUCAAAGAAGAAGAAGUCUGAGUUAUAAGUCAUCAAAUGGCAAAAAAAAAAUCUGACAGGAAUCAUGUAGGGGAGCUAAAUUAUAUUCCAACUUUAGUGAACAACCCGAAUGCUCUGACAUAAUGUCGGCUCUCUCUUGGGCCAGCUGCUCUGGGGACACUGUGGAAAGUUGUCGUGGCCAGGCCUUUGUGUGAUUUUUAAAUAAUGUCAAACAGGUACAGUGUGGUCAAAUUGAUCAGUUCGCUUUCCCCAUGCUGUACCUCCAACAGAUGCACUUUGGUUUUGAGACCAAGUCCAGUCACGUUUUCUUUCUCAUGGAAAAGGGGAGGGGGGUUAAUGAACGAUUAGGACUUUUCCCUUUGCUUUUUUGUACCAUAUCUUGUUUUUGUACAUUUGGAGAGAUUGUGAAAUAAAGGCCUACUAAACCAA